GCCUGAUUCGCUUAGUAAAUGGCGCCUAACCGGAUUCGUGCUGCACCACAAACCCGCAACCUUCCCUUCCUAAGACUACACCCCUUCAAUCACUAUCAAAUUAAGAGGCUGGACUUGCUGAGGUUCUGCCUUGUGCCUACCUUUCCUACAUCCUAGUGAUCGUUGAGUGCCUUCCGCGUCGGAAGGAACUCCGCAGCACCAGGCGUCAUGGUUGACGCCAUCCGGUCUAAGAACCUCUACGAGCUUCUCGGCAACGACCCUGAGCUCGACCCUAGCAGACCUGCUCCUCCCCCCGCCCGGGCCGUCGACCGCCCCAUUCCCCGCGUUGGCAAGCGUGAUGCCCCCAAGGAUGCUCCCGCUGGCGCCUCCUCUACCGCUCCUCGCACCGAGAACAACCGCCGUGGAGGCCGUGUGACCGCCGGCAACGAGGCUGCCUACCGUGACCGCAACGCUGGUCGCUCUAACAACCGCUCCAAGCCCACCGAUGAGGCCGAGGGACAGACCUCGCGCCCCCGUGGCAACCGUCCCCCUCGUGGUGACCGCCAGUCCCGCACUGGUCAGACCGACACUCGCAAGCAGGUCCAGCAGGGCUGGGGCAACGAGUCCGGCGAGAAGACCUGGGAUGACGAGCGCGUUGGCGAGAACAUCGCCAAGGAGGACGACAAGGAGCCCCAGACUCCCGCUGAGGAGGUCGAGGAGGCCGACAAGUCCAAGUCUUACGACGACUACCUCGCCGAGAAGGCUGCCCGCGACAGCCUGGCUGCCAAGCCCGUCCGUGCCGCCAACGAGGGUGUCAAGGAGGACAAGAAGUGGGCCGCUGCCACCGAGCUGAAGCGCACUGAGGGUGAGACCAGCUACAUUGCUCCCACCGCCGAGAAGAAGCAGCGUGAGAAGCAGCGCAAGGAGAAGAACUUCCUUGACGUUGACAUGCGCUUCGUUGAGCAGCCCCGCUCCGGCCCCUCCUCCGGCCCUCGUGGUGGCCGUGGUGGUGACCGCGCUCCCCGUGGCGACCGUGCUCCCCGUGGUGACCGUCCCGCUCGCGGUGGUGCCCGUGGUGGUGCUCCCCGCGGCGGCGCUGCUGCUGCUGCUCCUCGUGGCGGCCGUGGUGGUGCCCGUGCCCCCGCCGGCCCUACCGUCGACGAGAAGAACUUCCCCAGCCUGGGCGGCAACUAA